CCGACAGAGCCAGCUACCGCUCCCAAGAAGCCAAGCAAGGCUAAUCCUGUGAGGAAGAAGCAGAGUAGGCCGAUGGCGACGAAGCGGGAGAUCUCAGAGGGUAAGAAAAAGGUGGAGCGGAUAAAACAACCGGUCACAAGGGCUUACACUUCUGAGAAUCCAAAGUACAGGGUUGGAAAGGCCUUGCUUAGUGUCUCUGAGCUUCGGGCAGCAGGUCCAUAUUGUAUGGACCUGCACAAGUACUACAUGCAAAAUGUCAAUCAAGCCGAGGAAAUCAUGGUGUCAUACGAAGAGCGGCACUUUCUGCAGCUUGAGGGCAACAGCAACAUCUUUAUUGUUGCCUGGAGCGAUUUGUUCGACCUUUUCAACCUCGACGCUUUGGAUCUUUCUCUCAUUCGGUGCUUUGCAUUGCACAUGCAACAAGAGACAAGGCGUCGAACCGGAAAGAAGUGUGGGUACAUUGACCCACAGCUGAUGACGGUGACAUUUAUGCUGACAGAUAGAGAUAGCUUGGUCAGGUGCGCACAUGCAACAAUUAAACUUGUUUUCAUUUCAACUUGUAGCCACAUGUAGUCACUUGUUUCCAUUUAACACAUGUAACCGCUUGUUUCCAUUUCAACUUGG